GAGGCCUUAACGUCGAUGGAGGGAAUGACAAUCAAGUCGGAGAGAUUCGCCUUGCAGAAGAAGAGAAGUCCCUCAACUGAAGAGAAGGACUCCCCAUCAAUGAACGGCGGCGGCGGCGGCGGCGGCGGCGACGCCGCGGCGAAGCUCGAAAAAGACGACGUGAUCGCCAGGCUCAAGGACGAUGGCGAUUUCGAUCGCCUCCGCCUCAAGCUGAUCCGCAAGCUCAAGGACAACGAGGAACUGCGUUACAAGAUCAUCGCAGUGGUGAAGCAGUCAGCUGCACUUAAUCGUCCAGGUGCUGAGAGUUUGAAGCCCAGGCAGCUUUCUGAUGCUAUAUAUGAAGAGGUGGGAAGCAAAGUUAUGGGCCAGAUUUCUGAAAGCCUAUGGGAGAUAAUUAGAUCAGCUGAUGGCAUGAAAAGUGAAAUUGAAGAUACAGUGCAAUCAAUGUGUAGUAAGUUAUUGAACCCUUUUGGUAAAGACAUGCAGACACCGUUGCAGAGAAUGGACUACAGCAGAUCCUAUGCAGUACCAUCCAGUGAGACCAAUGCAGUAUUCAAUAAUGAACAGAAGAAACCCCUGGGUUUCUGUCUGCCCGGUACUAGUCAGAAAGAUGGAGAACAACACAACGAGAGAGUGCAGGUACCAGUUUCUCAUGAAAAAGGGUUUUCUAAAGGUUUGAGGGAUGAGCAGGACCCUUCGCGAGAAGUUUUGAUUCCAGACGAUGUUGAUAUGGGUAUCCCACCAGGUUUUUCUGCCGAUGUCGAAAACCGGAAGCUCUCAAAUGAUACUGAGGAAGAUCCUGAACUGCCUCCUGGUUUUGGUUGAUUAAAUGCUCUAAGAAGUGAAGUACCGACAAUGAUGUCUUAGAUGAUCUCUAAACGUCCAUCUUGAAUAACCAAGGGCAAUGAUCUGAUGUUUUGAGGAGGCACAACUUCCACUAUCCACAGUAGAGUUCAGAAAUGAAUGAAUCCAAUACUCUUUGAUCA